GAAAUCAGUUUGAUGUACUCCGUAGCAACAUAACCUCAAUUCGUUUAAGCACAUUUUGUUCGCGCAAUUAUUUGGGAAACUCGUAAAAAUUACCGAAAAUAAAAUGGCUUUAAUCGCCAAAAGUGACGACUUUAUCAUUAUAACUGCUCAACGAAGUAUUUUCGUAUGGAAUACGAAAAAUCAGACACAUUCAUUGACUGAGGUGCCAAAAAUUCCACGGAAAAAUGUCGACACCAGUGGAUUUGCUAACGUGAAAAACGGUAAACAAGAGAAAAACGAAAACAAAGACGAAGAGAAUGCGGAAGAAGAGCAAGGAAAUGUGGAAUUCGGAAACAUAAAUCGCUUGGAUAUUUCACCGUCCAAACAAUUAGUGGCGGUCACAACAGUGGGCGAUAAAUUUCUGUUUCUCUAUCAAUUAAACGACGGAACGUUGAAUCUACUGCAAAACGUACAAUUGACCAGAGCAACUAGUAUCGUGCGAUUCACACCAGAUUCAAAGCAUCUCCUGAUUGCUGAUAAAACCGGCGACUGCUCAAUUCUCGAUUGUCAGAAUCAGUCGGACAACGAACCCAAAUGGAUUUUGGGCCAUCUCAGCAUUGUUUUGGAUGCGCUGAUGACCAAAGAUUUGAAAUAUGUAAUCAGCAGCGAUCGAGACGAGAAAAUUCGUGUGACAAAUUACCCGUUGACCGAAGUGAUUGAAUCAUACUGUUUGGGACACACGGAAUUUGUAUCAGCCAUUGAAGAAUUGAAAACCGAAACGAACGAGAAUGUUUUGGCUUCAAUAUCUGGCGAUAGAACUUUACGGUUAUGGAACUAUGUGGAUGGAAAGGAGCUUUUCCAACUAGAAUUACCAGCACCAGGAUUGCGUCUCGCUAAAAAUGACCAGAAUGAAUUGACUGUGGUGUUGUUCGAAGAGAAUUUCUCAAUUGGUAUUUAUGAGCUAAAAUCAAAUGAAAAUAAACCAGAAGUACGUGCUUUGGGUGAACAUAUACUUGACGAGAAUGUAAAAUACGUUGGUUCAAUUGUUUAUGAAUCGAACGAUUCGAUUUGGUAUACGGGACUUGAUGAAAACAGCGAAGUAAUUUUGAGGCGAUUAGAAAUUACACGGUCAAAUGAUCUAGUCCAAAUUGCUGAGACGAAUUUAGAUAAUGUACUGAACAUUCUCAAGGAUAAUUUACCAUCGACAAAACUUCAACCAUGCGAAGACGUAGCUCAGCUGUUCAAAACCCGUGUCGACAACACGGCUGACUAUCAUGAGCGCAAAAAGAGACGCAUCGAAUUGCUCCAUGAAAAAAGAUACAGCAAAUCUUAUGUUAAAAAUUAACUGAAACUCAUCUUUAUUUGGCUUUUAUUCAAAAUUAAAUUUUUUGUGGAAAAAAUGAAGUUUAAUAAUAAAUGUUAUAUUUUCUUAUAAAAGGAA